AUGCGCUGCAGCGCGCUCGUGCCGUGCCCGCCGUGCUGCGAACGCCCCGCCCCGCGCGCGGCUCGCUCCAAGGCUCAACCGACCUAUGUGGUUCACACCCGGAUCGCGUGCAGAGCGACGGCCCAGCGCGCAGCCGCGAAUCGCCUCCCUGCCUACUGCGCCCCCUCGACGCCCGAAGCGAGUCCGCGCCAUACUCCUCCCAUUUGCGAUGCUGACGCUCGCCCGCCGUCACCUGCGCGCUCGCAGAUCCACCAAACAAGGUACGGAGUCGACUCGAUCAACAUCAUGUCAGAGAACGCGCGCCCGACCGACCCGCCGACGUCCCCCAACGUCGUCACCAAAAAAGCGCCGGCUCUCAAGCCGGUCACCGAAGACGCGCCGGCUUUCAAGCCGGUCACCAAAAAAGCGCCGGCUCUCAAGCCGGUCACCGGCGCAGCGGAGGAGCCCGCCCCGGCGGGCGACGCCGACUGGGCCGCCUCGGCGGCCAAGGAGUUUCCAGCGGAGGAGCCCGUCCCGGCGGGCAUCGCCGACUGGACCACCCCGUCGGACCCGCGCCGCAAGAACGGGCGCAAGGGCGCGUCCGCCCGGAUCGUCCGCACCAAGAGCAUCCCGGUCGGCGGCAAGAACAGGUUCAGGGCCCUGCUCGGAACGGACGGCAACGAGGGCAUCCUCGGUGGCACCGGCAAGGGCGCGACGGUCGACGUCGAGACGACCACGAUCAUCACGCCCGAGGGCUCUGCCGCCGGCCGGUUCUCGUGGCCAAAGUCCUACAAGUUGCUCCGCCUCUUUGGCAUCCUUGCACUGUUCUGCCUCGGAGCCGGGUUUGCGCACUUUUCGUACUCUGCCACCUCCGCGCUUCUCUCCUCGCAGCGGUACGAAUCCCCGUGGCCGACAUCGCCUCUCGCGACCGUCGCGAAGCCGUUCACGCCGGCAUCGCCCAACGGCUUCUGCGAGGUUGGCGGCAACGACGCCAGCUCGUUUGUAGCCAUCGCAUCGUCGGAAAGCGCGCCCGCCAACCACCCGGUGCGUGCUCGCUCGCGCGUGCUAGUAUCCGCGCCGCGCAAGCUCGUGACUAACAGCCCGCGCGCCGUUCAGGGCGGACGCGACGUGUGGGAAGCACUGAUGGACGAGAUCGGCGAGGUGGGCGAGCCGUUGCACCUAAUUGGCGAGCCGCUGGCGUCCGUCAAGGAAAUUUACGAGAAGCAGCCGGCCGAGGCCGACUUGGAGACCGUCCCGGCCUCGCGCAACAGCAUGGAGCGCAAGGGCGAGCCUGAGAUCGACCUCGUCGGUCCCGUCUACAGCAACAGGACGGGGGUCAUCGCUCGGGGACGCGACACCGUCUUGCCCGUGAACGACACGUCGCCCGAGUUGCGGCCCGCCGACGCUGGGAAGCCUGGGAUGCUGGAGGUGCGGAAGCUGGUCGAGACUGGCCUCGGCGCGCCCGUCGCUAGCAUGCACGCCGGUGGCGAGUGGCGGGCGAACGACGGAUCGACGGACGCUUCUCGAGUCCCAACCAAGGACCUCUUCCUCCAGCGUUGCCGGGCCAUCGAACCUCUUCUCGCGGCCACGCUUGAGGGGCCGGCGUGGCCUGCAGAGGUCCGUGCCGCUCAGAGUUCCGACUCGAACGCGGUCGAGUCAGACAUCUUCUCGGUCUCAAGUGUGUGCGCCGACUGGCAGCCACGCUGCGCCGCCCCUGCGCGGCACGUGGAGCCUCGCCACGCGCUCACCGACGAGCGCUCCAAGACCGACAAGUCUCCCACGGGCCCGCCGGCCGACGAGCGCUCCAUCGAGCUGCCCUUCCCGUUCCACUUUCCCUUCUCGAGCGGACCCUCCUCUUCUGUGCCUGGCCGCGCACGGCUGCGCGGUCAGCUUUGGGCUGCCUUGUUCUUGCUGCUCGGAGCGUGCUGGUGCGGCGUGCUGCUCUCGAUCGGUAACGAAUCCCCGGACGCCGUCUAUACCUUUUGCGCCUGCGCCUCGGGCAUCCACACUUUCAACUCGUGUGGCUCGAACUUUGACACGUGGCUGAGAGUCUUCACUCUCUCUGGGUCAGAAGUAAGCAACUGCGACGACUGUGGCGAUUGCGGUGCGCAAACCGUACUGGACGUGUCGCUCUCGGCCGGCACGUGCUACUACAUUAUCGUCGACGGAUAUUCUUCGAGCAGCGGUGCCUACAUCCUCACGACAAUCGGUGCGGUCUCGAUAAUCGGCUCGAACGUGUCGGGCUGCUCGGCUGGCUGGUGGGGCGGCGGCGUCUACGCGAUUGGCAGCGGUGCGGUCUCGAUCAUCGACUCGGAUGUGAGGGACUGCAGUGCUGACAACUCCGGCGGCGUCGUCUACGCGAGGAGCAGCGGUGCGGUCUCGAUCACCGGCUCGAAUGUAUCGGGCUGCUCGGCUGGCGAGGACGGCGGCGUCGUCUUCGCGCUGGACAGCAUCUCCCUUUCCAUCGCGGGUAUCGCUUUCAUCGACAACAGAGCGGGGAAGUCAGGCUCGGUGCUGUACCUUUCAAACACGCCCUCCUCGAUCAGCGACGCCUCCUUCACCGGCAACACCGCUGGCGACGACAAGACGAUACAGACCGACAAGCCGAUAGACUGGGACUGCCGCUUGGGCAGCUGGAUGCCGACCGAGGGCGCCUUUAAGGGCGACUUCAGCGUCGGCUUCCAGCCCAAGUUCAAGAUCCUGGUCAGCUUCUACCAGAUCGCCGCGACGCUCGGCCCCGUCUACGGCGUCCGCCUCCACGAGGACUUCACGCGCUGGACCGACUUCAUGGACGCGAUCAGCCUGGACUUGCUCGGCCUCACCUAUCCGGAUGCCUGCAUCGGCUCGAUGGGAGACCGGCUCCUGCUCGCAGGCUUGUGGCCGAUCCUGUCUAUCAUGCUCGGAGGCGCCGCCCUCGCCUGCUGCGCCCUCGCGGAGUGGCUCUUGUCUGGUCGCGCCGACGCCCUCCGGCGCGACCUUGUGCGCGCUACGCUGCGUCGCCUCCUCUACUGGGCCAUCCUCGUUGCCUACCUCGUGCUGCCCUCGGUCUCCCGCUCCAUCUUCAAGGCGCGGCAGUGCGAGUCGUUUAAUGUCGACGACUUCACCGGGGACAGGCGCUCCUACCUCGUCGCCGACCUCGACGUGCUCUGCAGCGCCGGCGACGACGAGUUCAGCGGCCUCGACACGUACUUCUGGGCCUUCUUCGUCCUGUGGCCGGUGCUCGUGCCGCUAGCCUUCCUGGCGCUCCUGCUUUCGAUCCGCUCCGAGGUGCGGGCGCAGCGAGUCAGGGCAACGGCCCGAGCCAGCCGCUUCCUCUGGCGCGACUACGACCCGCGCUUCCUCUUCUGGGAGGUCGUCGAUCUGGGCCGCAAGCUCUUCCUUGCUUCACUGGUGCUCUUCAUCCAGACAGACGACGGCUCGAGCAAGCUGCUCCGCCUCUUCGUCGCCUCUGUCGUCUCGGCCCUCUACCUCGCCGCCCUCGCCCUCGCCCGGCCCUUCAAGCGUGACGACGACCUCUACCUCGCGUGCACCGCCAAUCUGUUUCUCUCCUGCUGCUUCACCUCCGGCAUGGUGAUUCAGCUGUGCGAGAGCGCCGCCUACGAGGACAUGUGCAAGACCCUCGUCGGCUUCGACAGCGCGCGCGGAGCGAGUGAGUUUGUGAUCGCGCUCACCGCCGCAAUGCUGGCCGUGUCGCUGCUCGUCGUCGUCUUCAAGACUGUCAGCGCCGUCCGCGCGCCCACCAUCCGCCUCUCCUCCUCCGGCCGCCCCCCAGUCCUCGAGCUGUCCCCCGAGUGCCACUUCCACGGCUUCAUCUCGCACUGCUGGGGGACCGGCCAGGACCAGACGCACACCGUCGUGCGGCAGCUCCAGCUUCUUCUCCCCGGCGUCCGGAUCUGGCUCGACGUCGACAAUCUCGAGGACGUGGGCAGGCUCGAGGAGUCGGUCAGAGACGCGACGACCUUUCUCGUCUUCCUCAGCGCGGGAUACUUCAAGAGCUUCAACUGUCGCCGCGAGCUGUACGCGGCGCUAGGCUCGAACCGGCCCUUCAUCCCGAUCCAGGAGGCUGACGUCGACAAGGGCGGCGCCUCGAUCGAGGCGCUGAAGGCAGAGUGCCGCGAGCACUGCGUCGAGACCGCCCCGCCGGCCUACCCCUCAUACAGCGGGCCUAGCGAGAUGCUCGCGCGCGUGUUUGAGGCGACGCCGCCGAUCGUGUGGGUGCGGGUGAACGCCUUUCAGCUCGAGUCGCUCAAGGCGGUCGCGCUUCGCAUGCUGCUCCACUCUCCUUACUACGCGAGCCGCCCGGCCGAGCUCGCCGACGGCGUGAUGGUGCCCGGCCAGGCGGGCCCCGUUGCCUUCAGCGGCCCCGUCACCAUCCUCGUGUGCCGCGACAACGAGGGCGCCGUCGGCAUUGCAAGGGAGCUCAAUACGGCGGCGAGGGAGGGGCGCGGCUCUGCCGCCAGCUCUACCGCCAGCGCCGAGACGGUAACGAUCCGCGAUGCGGAGGAGGCGCUCGAGGGAGUCAACGCGGCCCCGCUCUCCGGGCACGUAGUGUGCCUGCUCUACCUGAACGAUAAGACCUUCCUGGACGCCGGCGGCGCCGUCGCGCGCCUCGUGCAAGCGGCGAUGGACCGACGCAUCGCCAUCACAAUGGUCCACGAGCAGGACCCUAGCUUCGGCGGCGUUCCGUUCCGCAACUUUUUCCAGCAGACGCCGCAGGUGCUGCUGCAGCAGCCGUACAAGCUUUUCGACACGGUGGCGGUGCCGCUCUUCCCGGCUCCGGAGCACCGCACGGUGAGCUUGCGCCUCGCGCUGAGCAGCAUGGGAGCGGUGCCGUGCGACGCGGGGCCGCUCCAGCGGCGGUGGGAGCUCCUCCGCCGCCGCAUAGCGGUGGCGCGCCUCGUGCGGCGGCGCCCCGCCGAGCUGCGCCAGCAGCCUGUGGUGCAGCCGUAG